GCUGUGAAGAUGGCGCUCUCUAGGGUGUGCUGGGCUCGUCCUGCUCUGUGGGGUUCGGCGGUCACCCCUGGAUUCUUUGUCACCCGGAAGCUGCAGCUUGGUCGCUUUGGCAUGGCUUGGGGGGCCCCUCGGUCUUCAGAGAUUCACCUUUCUCCAAAGGCAGAUGUGAAGAGCUUGAUCUCUUAUGUGGUGACCAAGACAAAAGUGAUUAAUGGGAAAUACCAUCGUUUCUUGGGUCGUCAUUUCCCCCGCUUCUAUAUCCUGUAUACAAUCUUCAUGAAAGGAUUGCAGAUGUUAUGGGCUGAUGCCAAAAAGGCUAGAAGAAUAAAGGCAAAUAUGUGGAAGCACAAUAUAAAGUUUCAUCAACUUUCAUACCGGGAGAUGGAGCAUUUGAGACAGUUCCGCCGAGAUGUCACCAAGUGUCUUUUCCUAGGUAUCAUUUCCAUUCCACCCUUUGCCAACUACCUGGUCUUCUUGCUAAUGUACCUGUUUCCCAGGCAACUACUGGUCCAACACUUCUGGACCCCAAAACAACAAAUUGAUUUCUUAAAUAUCUAUCAUGCUCUCCGGAAGCAGUCCCACCCAGAAAUCAUUAGUUAUUUAGAAAAGUCCAUCCCUCUCAUUUCUGAUGCAAGACUCCAGUGGCAUCUGACAGAGCUGUGCACUAAGAUACAGCAUGGUACCCAUCCAGCAAUACAUGAUAUCCUGGCUCUGAGAGAGUGUUUCUCUAACCAUCCUCUGAGCAUGAACCAACUCCAGGCUUUGCAAGUGAAAGCCUUGAGCCAGGCCAUGCUUCUCACACCUUAUCUGCCUCCUCCCUUGCUGAGACAUCGUUUGAAGACUCAUACCACUGUGAUUCACCAGCUGGACAGGGCUUUGGCAAAGCUGGGGAUUGUCCAACUGACUGCUCAGGAAGUGAAAUCGGCUUGUUAUCUUCGUGGCCUGAAUUCUACCGGUAUUGCUGAAGACAGGUGCCGAACAUGGCUGGGAGAAUGGCUGCAGAUUUCCUGCAGCCUGAAAGAAGCUGAGCUAUCCCUCUUGCUGCACAACGUGGUCCUGCUUUCCACCAACUAUCUUGGGACAAGGCGCUGAGUGACCCAUGGAAUGGAUGGUGUUGUCCUGCGGUCGCAUAGUAUAGCAAUGUGGGACCAAACAGUACUUGUCAGCAGAGUCUUUGUGCACUGUUAGGUGUGUGGGUGGCAGAGGAGCAGGUGCCAUGGGCUUCACAGUGUGGUGCCCAUGUGGGAACUACAGACAUUCCCCUCACAGCUAGAAGUAAAACAAGCCCCCUUUCCAGGAGUGGCCCAUGUGAAGUCUCAUCCCAUCUCCCUUGUAAUUAGCUGGCAGGAGCCUCUGUACUGGGCUUUUACUAUGAUGUGUUAAGUUCAGAUCCUGGGAAGUCAGUUUUUGCCCCAGGUGGGAAUCCUCAUUUGGUCUAGGACUCAUCCACUGCUAUAUUCUUUAUAGCAGGGUUUUUGUUUAUUUUUUGUUUUUUGUAAAUUUCUGGCUGGCAAUGAGAACAGUACUUAAACUGGAGCACUUACACCCAUGCAUGCACUUCAGUGCUCCCCUCAGUCCUUUCCAAUAUGACCAAAAAUAGGGAUUCUUUAGUUCUCCUUACUGGCAUGGGCUAACCAUUCCCUUUCCUUUUCAAAUCCUUUAAACACCUUUUUUUUUUUUUAAUGAAUAAAUUAUGGAAACAUUCUAAGACAAAAGGAAGUACAAGUGCUUCUUGACCCCUUCCCCAGUAUUUAUAGCCUUCAGCCCCCAUGGUCUUAAUUUCUGGGCUGUAGUAUAGCCCCUGUGGGUCUUCUACUCUUUGCUACCUCCACUGGGUUGCAGUGAUCCCACUGUAACUGACAAUGGCUGCCUUCUCUGGGCCGUGGAUCAAAUCCUUAAUUAUUGCCCAGCCCAGGGAGACCAGGAGAGGUCUGUAUCCAGAUAGUAAGUUGGGUUUAGCUUUUGUAUGUGUACAUCAGUGACCUGUUCUUCUGUAAUAACUUAUUGUAAAUGCAUGAAGCACUGUUUUUAAACCCAAGUAAAGACUGCCUGAAACCAGUUGAUGGAAAUUACU